ACAGCGUCACGGGGGGAAGGGAAAGGAAAAUGAAAAGCGGCGGCCAACUGGAACGGUGGAAACAACGAACGCCGAGUCCUCGUCUCGUUUCGUGUCCCCCGAAGAACCGCAGCAGAACAAGGAAAGCAAUCAGCGAGCACCAAAAUAGGGUUCAGCACCCACCCCGAUCCCAUCCACGCCAUGUCGGAACCAGCCGCCGCCGCCGCCGCCGCGGCGGACGACCCCCUUCCCUCCCCCUCGCCCUUACCCUCCUCUCCGUCCCCUGCCCCGGCUCCACCCCGGCCCCCGCCGGUCGAGUGGCCCGAGGGCGGCGUGCUGACGCGCGACUGGGUGACGGGCCUCUCCGAGACGCUGGACUGGUGCUCGCGGAACCUCCCGCCGGACCAGCUGCCCUCGGUGCUCCCCGCGGACCUCGUCCGCACGCUCGUCGUCGCGGCCUCCGUCAUCCUCCACCGCGAGCCCAACAUCGUGCGCGUCGACCCGCGGCCCGACCAGGCCGUCGUCGUCGUCGGGGACGUCCACGGACAGCUCCACGACGUCAUGUUCCUGCUCCGCGACGCCGGCUUCCCCUCCGACCACCGCCUCUUCGUCUUCAACGGGGAUUACGUGGACCGCGGCGCCUGGGGCCUCGAGACCUUGCUCCUCCUCCUGGCUUGGAAGGUAUUGCUUCCGAAUUCUGUGUUCCUGCUCCGAGGAAAUCAUGAAUCCAAGUACUGCACAUCAGUAUAUGGUUUCGAAAAGGAGGUAAUGGUUAAAUAUAAAGGUCAAGGCCCUCAAGUUUAUCGGAAGUUUUUAAGAUGUUUUGAAGACCUCCCUCUAGCAUCUAUGAUAGCAGGAUGCGUCUACACUGCUCAUGGAGGGAUUUUCCGUGGGACAAUUGUAGUACCAUCCAAAAGGUCAAAAAGGGCCAAGAAAGGUCACAAAUACAAGGCGAGUUCUACCGAUGACUCGACUACUAUGAAGCUCGGAUCCCUUGACGAAUUGUUAAAAGCAAGGAGAACUGUUCUUGAUCCUCCAUGGGAAGGUUCAAACUUGAUUCCUGGAGAUGUGCUUUGGUCUGAUCCUUCCUUGGAGAAUGGUCUUUCCCCAAAUAAAGAAAGAGGCAUAGGUCUGCUUUGGGGUCCAGAUAUCACCCAACAGUUUCUAUAUACGAAUAAUUUGAAGUUAAUUAUCAGGUCACAUGAAGGUCCAGAUGCAAGAGACAAGCGGCAUGAUCUAUUAGGAAUGGACAGUGGCUAUACGACUGAUCAUCAUGUCGCAAAUGGAAAGCUAAUAACUCUCUUCAGUGCUCCAGACUAUCCACAGUUUCAGGCCUCAGAGGACCGUUACAACAACUGUGGGGCAUAUAUUGUCCUUAGUCCGCCUGAUUUUGCUACCCCUGCUUUCCAUAGUUUUCAAGCUGUAAAACCUCGGCCUGCGGCGAAUCCCUUCUAUGAUUUUGAAGAAGUAAUUGAUUCCGAUGAAGAGUUAAAUUUAGGCGCCAUGGACACUGGCACAUCAAGCAGUUGAUCACAUCCUGUGUUGUAUCAUUGUACUUAGCAUACCACCUGUCACCGAAAACGGGAAAUGGCAACUAGUUUUUCUGUAGUUGAUACUAUUGUUACAUGCUUUUGAGCAGUCCUUUGUCUUGUCUGCCAAGUUUAUCAUAUCAAUUACUCCCUCCGUUUCAUAA